AUGACAGAUAAAAAGGAUUCAACAGCUGAAGGAAGCACAAAACUAGUGGAAAAAUAUCUUAAAGAAGUUGACGACGAAGAAGACAGCGCUGAUGAAGAUGAUUCGUCGUCAGCUCCUACGGCUCAAAGUCUCGGUGUACGUGCUCAAAAAAAACUUCUCGGCAAAUUUUCAUCGAAAUCAGUGGCGAAAGUAUUCAUCGAUGAAACAAGCGGUCGUGUAUUGGACAAUUUACAUAAAUUAAUACGUGGAUAUUCCGGUAACAAGAAAGAAGCGGACAAGCUAUUGAAAUCAAUCAUUAAAACUAUCAUCAAAUUGGGUAUUUUAUACAAAAACAAUCUCUUCAAUGGCUUUGAAAAUCAACUGAUCGAAGAUUUUCGGAAUCGAUUUCAUGCAUUGUCGAAAGUGAUCGUUACCUUUUAUGAAGUCGAUUACACAUUCGAUCGUCUUUUCCUCACACGCAUAUGUAAAGAAUGCCAAGAAUUAACGCAUAAGAUCGUUUCAACACACCUAACACAAAAAUCUCAUACGCGCAUCGAUUUCAUUUAUAAUUACGUCUCGAAUUUACAAUUCAUUGAUUAUGUUUUCAACCCAAAUUCAACCACCAAUCGUGCAAUUAUUAAAGAUAUUGUUGGAGACAUGCAUACAUUGAUGGAUGCAGGAUUACUUUGA